UUAAGUACGUUGAUGGACUAUUACUGACGCCACUGGUCGCCGCCCGCCACAGGUCGCAAAAUGACUUUAUUCAUGAAAUUUUGGUCUUCAGUUGUCAAUGCCUUGUGUCUGCCUCUUCACGUGAUCCACGCGCUCGGUCUGUAUGAAAUAUACAAACGUAUCUUCCCAAUUUACUUGUACCGGAUAUCGAUAUGUUACAACAAGAAAAUGCACGAUAAGAAGAAGGAGCUGUUUCGCAGUCUGUCAGAGUUCACGAAGCCAGGCGGGCGGCUCACCAUUCUGGAAAUCGGCUGUGGCACCGGCGCUAAUUUUGAGUUUUAUCCGCCCGGCUGCAAGGUGAUCUGCACCGACCCGAACCCGCACUUUGAGAAAUAUCUGAAGAAAAGCAUGGGCGAGAACGACCAGCUGACGUACGAGAGGUUUGUGGUGGCAUCCGGGGAGGACAUGGGGUCAGUUGAGGAUGAGUCGGUAGACGUUGUCGUCUGCACCCUGGUCCUCUGCUCUGUCGUCGACGUUCAGCAAACCCUGCGGGAGGCUCAUCGCAUCCUCCGGCCAGGUGGAGCUUUAUUUUUCUUGGAGCACGUAGCCGCGGACCCCUCGACCUGGGUCUACUUCUUCCAGCAUGUUGUCCAGCCUUUGUGGUAUUACUUCGGCGACGGAUGCGAGGUCAUCCGGGAAACGUGGAAGUAUUUGGAGGACGCUGGAUUCUCUGACCUCAAACUGAGACACAUCGAAGCACCCCUCACAGCCUUAAUCAAACCGCACAUCAUUGGCUAUGCCGUGAAAUAGAUGCUGCCCGAUCAGCCUUCUAGAAAGCCACAACUGUAAACCAGUCUGUCAACAUGCCAAGCAUUUAAAUGCCUCUCCUUUUGUGAUAACCACUGGACACCAGUCACUUUGAAACUAAUUUUAUUUUUGUAUUGGGGAAGUUAUGUUAUUUUGUAGAAAACACCACAUGAAAACUUCACCUAGAUGACAUACAAAGCUAAUUUUGUAUACAGUUGAAGUGACAAUUAUGUCUUGGUGUUACUUUGGUCCUCACCCCUCAUCUCCAAACUGCUUGCUAAUAAAAUUAUAGAGCACUUCC